AUGGGGCCUGUGGAGGUGCUGCGCAGCCAUUCUGGGCCCGUGUUUGGGACCACAUUCCUAGGGGCGCCCUUCCCGCCGGGACUGGCGGUGUCUGCGGGAGUGCAUGGACCCCAGGAGAGCGCGGAGCUGACGCUGUGGGAGGUCGGGGGCCCGCGGUAUCAGGAGGUUGGCCGCCUGGGCUGGCAGCUGCCCGCCAGCAGCCUGCAAAACCUGAGCGGCGCGUUUGAUGUGCGGCAGGUCCCGGGCACAAACCAGGUGCUGCUGUGCGGCUUCGGAUCAGACGUGAACCUGGCCAGCAUCCACCCGCUCUCCAGCUGCCAGCUCGGCAGCGCAGCACCACACUGGGGCCAGCAGCAGCAGCAGCAGCAGCAGGCAGCAAUACCAGGGUGGCCGGGCAGCGCAGCGCCGUCGGAGCACGCCGGCGGUGGCUCUCCAGGCAGGGGCCCGGGCCGCAUGGAUGAGGGGAUGUCUUCGCAGGAGGGCUCGGCGGGCUCGGCGUGGGGGCAGGACGGGGAUGUGGGGGCUGCCAGUGCGCCGCUGAUGCAGCACGAUGUGGAGGCGGCACUAGGCGCAGAGGUCUGCGCCAUGCGCAACUGGCUGGUCCGUGAGGCCACCAAUCUCAAAUACAGCAGCUGGGGCGCCCCGCUGCCGCCCCCUGGAGCCGGCUACACGCUGCGAACCGACUGGGUGCUGAGGGGGCAUGCCGCGGCCUGCGUGUCAGCGGCAGCGCAGGACGGCCUGCUGGCCACAGCCUCCUUUGAUGGCAGCGUGAGGUUGUGGCGGGCACCGCAAGAGCAGGCCGGCAGCAGCGGCGGCGGCGGAGAAGGGGAGCAGGCGGCGCCUGUGGUGCUGGAGGCCGCCGCGGUGUGCUUGGAUGAGGAGUCGGCUGGCGAGGCGGUCCUGCCGCCGGUGUGCUGCGUGGCCAUCGCGCCAGACUGCCAGCAGCUGGUCUCUGGGGGCAACGACCGGCAGGUCAAGCUGUGGGAUGUGGAGCUCCAGGCUGUGCUGACCCGCAUGCACGGCCACACCGGCUGGGUGUGGAACCUUGCGGCUGUGGAAGACAGCCUGGAUGUGCUGGCAUCUGGUGCUACUGACAGCACGGUGCGGCUGUGGGAUGUGCGGGCAGGCGCAGAAACCGCCGUGGUGGAGGUCAGCACGGCAGAACCCAACAACGCAUACCCCAUUGGCGGCAUGGCCAUCCGCCAAGACAACCGCUACAUUGUGUGUGGCUGCUUUGACGGCAGCGUGUAUGUCAUCGACUGCCGAGCCAUGAAGCUGCUGCACAAGCUGGCUGGCCACUCGGACCGCGUGACGCGCGUCUCCUGCCAGGGCGACGCCAUCCUCUCCGGCUCCUUUGACGGCAACGUCUGCCUCUGGCAGUUCUGA